AUGACAAUUAGUAGAUUUGUAUUAUUAUUGUUGUUGUUUGUUUCCUUUGGAUCUCAUCUGAGUGAGGCUCAACUGCUUAUUCAACCGGGACCUAAACCCGAAGAAGUUGAAGCUCAAGGUCCCAACAAGACUACUACACCGCCGGCUGCAGAGGGCGAAGCGGCUUUUCCUCCAGAAGCAGACAACUGCAAUGGGAUCUUUAUCUCCUAUGACCUGCUUGGCAGGAGGAAGGAGUACCCUAAACUGAAGAACGCCACAGCGCAGCCGUGGGCCUUCAAUGCCACCGCAACGGUGCUCAACACGGGCACCCAAGUGGUCAAGGGUUGGAAGCUCUACGUUGGGUUCCAACACGAUGAGAUUCUCGUCUCUGCCUCGGGGGCAUACCUCUUCGAAGCGGCUGAUUUCCCUGCUUAUGUGGGACAUGGCACCUACUUGGUUGGAGCUGGUCUCCCUGAUCUCCAAACCGCCAUCAACACUGCCCAAGAUUUGAACCAAAUUCAAGCUGUGCUUAAUCUUGCUGGCACCCAGUUCGGUGUUAAGCCCCCUGCCAUUCCAAUGCCUAGAACCAUCAAAUUGGUCAUUGAUGGAUACACAUGCCCCCAACCAACUCUAAAACAGAGUUCCAUGUAUGCAUGCUGCAAAAGAGAUCCAAAAUCGAAGGCUGAUACGUCGAACAAGAAAUACCAAGCAACGCAGAAAGGGGAUCUUUCCAUAAUGUACGACGUUGUGCAAGUAUACUCAAACAACUACAUGGCUCAGGUGACGAUGGAGAACCGCAACCCACUGGGGCGCCUAGACCGUUGGAACCUGACAUGGGAAUGGACGAGAGGUGAGUUCAUAUACAACAUCAGAGGCGCCUUCACGCGCGAGAUUGACGCCUCUGACUGCGUCUACGGCCCCGCCGGAGAAUACUACGCAGACAUGGACUUCUCCAAAGUAAUGAACUGCCAAAAGAAUCCGGUGAUCAGCGACUUGCCCCCUGAAAAGUUGGGUGACAACGAAAUAGGUAACAUCCCUUUCUGCUGCAGAAAUGGCUCAAUCUUGUCUCCUCUGAUGGACAAAAACCAAGUGAAGUCAGUUUUCAUGAUGCAAGUGUUCAAGAUCCCACCCGAUCUCACCAAGACUUCCAUCUACCCUCCGGAGAAAUGGAAAGUUUCGGGAGUCCUGAAUCCCGAUUACAAAUGCAGCCCUCCGCUGAAAGUGGAACCUUCUAGAUCCCCGGACCCCAGGGGAAUCGGGGCGACGGUUAUCGCCCUUGCAAGCUGGCAAGUCGUGUGCAACAUCACAACGCCAACCAAGAGACACAACCGCUGCUGCGUGUCUUUCUCUGCAUUCUACAAUGAUUCUGCUGUUCCCUGCAACACUUGCGCCUGCGGUUGUCCCAAACCAGCGGGCCAUUGUAACCCUUACGCAAGGGCACUACUUCUCCCCCACGAGGCUCUUCUUGUGCCCUUCUACAACAGAACACGCAAGUCGAUUGCGUGGGCCAAGUUGAAGCAUUUUCCCUUGCCAACCAAGCUGCCCUGCCCCGACAACUGCGGCGUUAGCAUCAACUGGCAUAUUCUUUCUGACUUCAAGGGUGGCUGGACAGCCAGGAUCACUAUCUUCAACUGGGAGACAUUCAACUUCCCCGACUGGUUCAUGGCGUUGCAGUUCAAGAACCCUUCUCUUAGUCUUCAGGAUGUGUAUUCCUUCAACGCCACCUUCCUCCCGCGGCUCAACCACACCAUAUUCAUGCACGGCCCACCGGGCUUAACCUAUUUGGUAUCUCUCGACAAUGACACAAAUCCCAAGGUGCCUGGUAAGCAACAGUCGGUUAUAUCCUUUAGCAAGAAGAAUACGCCCCAUAUCAAAAUCGCCAAAGGCGAUGGCUUCCCUUCUAGAGUUUAUUUCAAUGGAGAAGAGUGUUCCCUUCCUACCCAAUUUCCUCUGCGUAGUUCAAAUCACCAUACUCCUCUUGUACAUCUAUUAAACCAUAUCUUAGUCUUAGUUUUAGCUCUUACAAUCAACAGUCAAAUAUUGCAUUAA